AUGUGUCUGCACUUCAAGAGCACAAAGUGUGAUGAGCAGGAAGAGGAACUGCUUGAUCUGUCAGUGAUUGAGAGCAGAGUGAGAGGUGUGAAAGGAGGCACAGUCACAGUCCAGUGUCUCUACAGUUCUGAGUAUCAGAAUAAACAGAAGCAGUGGUGCAGAUUCAAAUAUGGACAAUGUCAGUCAUCGGAGGUAGAGAGCAUGAGGACACUGAAAAAUGUAGCUGUAAAAAGUGGAGGAUCUGUCACUAUUCCAUGUCUUUAUGAAGAGAAGUACAAAGCAAACAGUAAAUUCUGGUGCAAAGGGUACCAUUGGGCUACCUGCAGUAUCGUAGCCUAUGCAAACUCAAAUGGAAAUCCAUCAGUCAUUGAUCAUCCAGAGCAGAAUUUGUUGACGGUGGAACUGAACUCUGUCUCUGAGUCUGGAACGAGUUGGUGUGCAGCAGAAAUUGGGGAUAAAUGGCAGCCAGAUGACCGUGAUUAUUGGUACCUGACAGUUAGUCAAGAUCCUGAUCUGUCAGUGAGGGAGAGCAGAGUGAGAGGUGAGGAAGGAGGCAGCGUCACAGUCCAGUGUCUCUACAGUGCUGAGUAUCAGAAUACACAGAAGCAGUGGUGCAGAUUUAAAGAUGAACAAUGCAACACAGUGAGGACUGAAACAUCCCAGAAUUCAGCAGUGUACAUCAGUGAUGAUGGGAGAAGAUCCUUCAGUGUGACCAUGAGAAGACUGAAGAAGAGUGAUGCUGGAUGGUACUGGUGCAGUGCAGGAGAUCUGCAGGUUCCUGUUCACAUCAGUGUCAGUGAUCCACCUCCAGUCACUACAUCAAAGACAACAGCAGUGACUACAACAGUGACUACAACAGUGACUACAACCGCUCAUCAAGACAACACGUACACCACAGUGGCUGUUUCUAAGCCAAAGGUUAAGAAUAAGCCCACUUGUUCUGCUGAAGACUCGAUUAUAUACAGCACUGUGGCUACAGCUAAACCAAAGAGGAUGACUUACUGUUUGGCUGUGGAGCCUCAGGGAUCUCUACUGGGUCGCGUGUUCAUCCUCAACAUCCUUACAGAUAAAAUCUCAGAUGAUGCAGAACUUGUGGGAACAUACUGUAAUGUUGACGAGCAUUCGGGUGGACGAGAGGUAGAGAGCAUGAGGACACUCACAAAUGUAGCUGUAAAAAGAGGAGGAUCUGUCACUAUUCCAUGUCUUUAUGAUGAGAAGUACAAAGCAAACUAUAAAUACUGGUGCAAAGGGGACUAUUGGCCUACCUGCAGUAUCGUAGCCUCUGCAAACUCAAGUGGAAAUCCAUCAGUCAUUGAUCAUCCAGAGCAGAAUUUGCUAACGGUGGAACUGAACUCUGUCUCUGAGUCUGGAACGGGUUGGUGUGCUGCAAAAAUUGGGCAUAAAUGGCAGCCGGAUGACCGUGAUUAUUUGUACCUGACAGUUAGUCAAGAUCCUGAUCUGUCAGUGAGGGAGAGCAGAGUGAGAGGUGAGGAAGGAGGCAGCGUCACAGUCCAGUGUCUCUACAGUGCUGCAUAUCAGAAUACACAGAAGCAGUGGUGCAGAUUUAAAGAUGGACAAUGCAACACAGUGGGGACUGAAACAUCCCAGACUCCAGCAGUGUACAUCAGUGAUGAUGGGAGAGGAACCUUCAAUGUGAGGAUGAGUGGACUGAAGAAGAGUGAUGCUGGAUGGUACUGGUGCAGUGCAGGAGAUCUGCAGGUUCCUGUUCACAUCAGUGUCGGUAGUGAAGCUCCAGGUAUUACAUAUGAUUAA